AUUAUUAUUAUAUAAUUAUUACACUCUGGCUUAAAAAGGAACAAUGUAAACGGAUGUGCAAGAAUGGCAAAAGCUCAUCUAGCAUUUUUUACUCAGUACAGUAAAUCAACAACAAUGUGUCAACAACAGAUGAUGAAAAGAGAGCGAGUUCAGUUUAAAGGCGUUAUUCGUUUGUUUAGUAUUCCAGAAAUUGGUUUUCAAAUAUUAAAAUAAAUAAAAAAAUCAAGAUGACAGAUGGAUUGAAACUUUUUUUAACAGUUCCCACAAUUCAAGAUGACCGCAGACGUAGCACUAUAAAAGAUCAAUAUUUUACAAAACCCCAACUUGUGUGCCUUAUGAAAGAGGACUAUGGAAAGUGUACAAAAUUGCAAUCAAUGAGAUAUCUUCAUUUACCCAAAGGCACUGUUUAUCCUCUGAAUUUAUGCGAAGGUUACGAUAUCCACAAAUUUCGCAAAUCUUUCAUGUACAAAAAACAUUUGGAAUUGGUUCUUGAUUGGGCCAUGUCGCCGAAAGGUAGACAAUAUGUUGAGGAAUCUUUAGAUAAAACUUUGGUAUAUAUUCGCCGUGGAUCUUUGGUCAAAAUAAUGUUAUCUCCGCUUAUGCCAAGCCAUCCUCUGAAUGACUGGAGUUUAUUUGUUUCGCGUUAUAAUAAAAACUUAUAUAUAUGUUUAGACGAAGACGAUGAUUCAACAGCGGAAAAGACUACGGCUAUGUACCAUCAUACCCGGCUUGAUCAACUAUUAUUUUCUGAAUCGCAACGUUUGCCUCCAAAUACGACGAACCCAUCGGACGACAACGUUCGUAACGUUUCUGUGCACACAAGUACUAUGGGAAGAUAUAAUUUUAUUUACUCUGGCCAAGUGCAAGGCAUAAAAGCAGAAGAAGAAAUUAAAGAUUUGGAUGAUGUGGAGGCUCUAAACGCCUGCGAAUACGUAAUGAGUAAGCAAAUGUGGCAACGUCUUCCAUAUGAUCGCAAGUCUUCAAAAUUUUCGUCCUGGUGGUUGCACGCUUAUCUUUCUAAUUGUAAGUCUAUAUACGUAGCACUGAAAGUUCGGGAUGGCAUGGUUCAAGAACCAAUCAAGCACGUUGUAGUCCGCUCAAUACCACGCGAUUACAAUUUUAUGCCAGGUCGUGUAAUUGGCUUUUUCCAUCAUUUGCUUGAAAUGAUAGAAAAUUUAAUGUCAAAAAUUGAUAGUUUAGAGACGGUCUACGAGUUUCGCUUCAAUAGUUUUGAUAAAACUAUUCGUUACAACGUUCACUCCAGCGAUAGAAGCAAAAUAAUCAUUUCCUCUGAUUAUAUUAAAUAUUCCCGUUCGUGUGCUUAAGAUAGUAAAAAAUUAAAAAAGACAGAAAAACGCGCUCAAUUGUUAAAGCGCAGUUUUAUUUUUUAAAUAAAUUAUAAGCCUUUUAAAGGAAUGAUACUUUAAAAUGUUUAAUAUAAUCUUUCAAGGCACGAGAAACAUCUAAAAUAGCAACAUUAAGCUGUGUUUUAAAGUAAUCUAAACUGAGUCCCCGAGGCGAAUGCAGAUUUUAAAUGAAAU